CCCCCAGCCACACUUACAGCGGCCACAGCAGCCACGUCACCAACAUCGCCUUCCUCCACGACGACAGCCUGCUGCUCUCCACCGAUCUGAACAGCCAGCAGAGGCCACCCGUGGAGAUCGGAGGGAUGGCAGCGGGCGCACGGGCACCUAGAGGGCGAUGAUGGGGACCUCUCUUCAUGGCACCUGCAGGAACCUCCUUUCGGCAGCCUGCGUGGUUCUGUGGAGACACCACGCCCAGCCACACAAACUCCUGCUGUGAGCUAGGAUCCGGGCAGGCGGCCCCGCUCCCUCCCACCCCCAGGAUGUGCAACGCGAGCCAAGCCAGCUGGAGCUGCCCUGUGGACUCCAGGGUGGACCACCUCUUCCCCCCCACCUUGUACAUCAUCGUCAUCACCCUGGGGCUGCCCACCAACUGCAUGGCGCUCUGGGCGGCCUACCUGCAGGUCCGGCAGAAGAACGAGCUGGGCGUCUACCUGAUGAACCUCUCCAUCGCGGACCUGCUCUACAUCGCCACGCUGCCCCUCUGGAUCGACUACUUCCUCCACUACGACAACUGGAUCCACGGGCAGGAAUCCUGCAAGCUCUUCGGCUUCAUCUUCUACACCAACAUUUACAUCAGCAUCGCCUUCCUCUGCUGCAUCUCGGUGGACCGCUACCUGGCCGUGGCCCACCCGCUGCGCUUCGCCAGGUUCCGGCGGGUCAAGACGGCGGUGGCCGUCAGUGCGGUGGUGUGGACCAUCGAGAUCGGGGCCAACUCCGCCCCGCUGUUCCACGACGAGCUCUUCCACGACCGCUACAACCACACCUUCUGCUUCGAGAAGUACCCCAUGGAGGAGUGGGUGGCCUGGAUGAACCUCUACCGAGUCUUCCUGGGCUUCCUCUUCCCCUGGGUGCUGAUGCUCUUCUCCUACCAGGGCAUCCUGCGGGCCGUGCGCGGCAACGUCUCCACCGAGAAGCAGGAGAAGGCGAAGAUCAAGCGCCUGGCGCUCAGCCUGAUCGCCAUCCUGCUCUUCUGCUUCGCCCCCUACCACCUCAUCCUGCUCUCCCGCAGCACCGUCUACCUGAGCAAGCCGGGCGACUGCAGCUUUGAGGAGAAGGUCUUUGUGGCUUAUCACUCCUCCCUGGCCUUCACCAGCUUGAACUGCGUGGCCGACCCCAUCCUCUACUGCUUCGCCAACGAAGGCGCCCGGAGCGACGUGGCCAAAGCCCUCUCCACCUUGGUGCGCUUCCUCACCAGCUCCAAGCCCCAGGAGAUGGCCAGCGCCUCGCUCACCCUCGACACCCCUCUGUCCACCAAGAAGAGCAUCUUCUGCCGGCAGCCCCCGGCCCUCCGGCUGCCCCCCUCCUCGCAGGCCGGCGGGUUGGGGAUGGGAGACGAGGAUCUCCACAUGAAGAUCCUGACUUUUAACCGGUGA